UACAGGUUGCCCCACGCUGCAUCCUUACGGUAUUGUGGAAACGGAACAAAACAAGUCAGUCGGUCCGUAUGCCGGUAACCGGUGCGUUUACGGCUGAUAUUUUGAGAAGCAUUCGGGUUUUUGUCACGGGCGAAGGUAAUUUCAGUGCGUUUUGUACGAUCGGAACGUCAAGUUCGAUAACUGAUUGUAUCUAUGGGUCAAAUGACUCACGUGCCUCGAUAAUUCGUAUUGUGUGUUUUUUUGUCGCUUCGAAUCGUUUUAUUCGAAGUUAGUCGUGUCGAUUGUGAAUUUUGAGUGCUUCGAGAUCAGUCACACCAUCACAUCAAUGGAAAAUUUCAACGCCAACAGAUGCCAGCAACCACAUCGACAACUCGAGAGCGAAAUGAACAAUGUCUGAUCGUAACCAGCGAGAGGAUUCGAGGGCUAAUCGGAUAGCCCGCUACAAGGAGGAAAGGCGCCAACAGCUCAGUUCGCAGAUCCAGGCCAGGCUUGCCGGAGAAAAUCCGAAGAGUCAGCCGUCGUCGGAAUCGCCGAAUGGGCUGAGGGAAAGGCCGACCCCAGAUGGACCUAGGACUACGCGGACUUCGAGACUCCGGGCGGCGGCAGCCGUUGCCACCGAUAAUGGAUCCCCCAAAAGUCCGGGAAUACCAGAGAAGUCUUGGGAGAGGACCAAUACACCGCCUUCACCUAUGGUUAGUGGCUCAAGAACGGUCAUUAGUGCUUUCGACAAAGAUAAGAGUAGUAAAAGGAAAAGCAAUCUAAAUAAAUCUCUCAACCCAGAAGAAAUAAGCUCACAAAAUAAUUCAGAGGAUGACAAAUUCAGCAGACGUAGAAAAAGAAACCAUGAAAAACUGGACAACUCUCGUCAGACUUUCAAAACCCCGGAUUCAAAAGAUACCAAGACAAUAUUUAGUUUCACCAGUUCAUUGAGCAAAUCUGCAGUGAAUGAAUCAAAUCCAACAUCACCUUCAGAAUCAUUAAAAACAACUCCGAAGAAAUCGCAAUUAGCUAUCCAUAUGGAAAACGCUAGAAGAGGUAUAUCAGGAAAAUCAACGGAUAGUCCAUGUCGACGACAAAAUAUUAAAAAUAUAUCAUCACCAUCUUCAGGCGAAAACUCUCAUAAAUUGCUCAACGGUAUCCAUAAUAACGGUAAUGAUCGUGCACAAUACAAUGUGGAGACCACCCAUCACAACUUUGAGGAAAAAUCCAGAGUAUCAAUAGACGUUCGAGACAAUGAGCACAAAAUCAAUAUGAAUAGACUGAACUCCCUUACAAACAUGACACGAGAAACUUUAGCUAGGGUAGAAAGGUUAACUGCAAAAAGUUUGAACUCGCCAAAAAAAUCAUUCGAUUCUACUUCAAGAAGAACUAAAGCUGCUGGUUCGGCUUCCAAAUCUGCGUUAGAUAAUAGAACUGGACCUUCUAUGUCUAGGAGAACCAUAUUCGAAGAAUCUAAACAAGAACGGUCCACCCAACACCGUAAUGCGUCUCCCGUUUCCAUCCUUAAAAGAAAAACCCCUGUAGACGACUGCAAACCAGAAACUUCGACGCAUACACCACCUGUUACAUUCUCGCCGAGCGUCAAAGAACCCAGUACUUCCAAUAGAAAGCAAGGCAUCCUCAAAAAAAGGAGGAGUCUGGACGAAGCGUUGGUAUUGAGGAGAAGAAGCUGUAGCCCUGAGGUAGCUAGAAAGUCUGAUUCUAAGUCAAUCCUCAAGUCGCACAGAAGAUCCUCUCUCGAAGAACUGACAAGAAUCCAGUCUCCAGAGGCACAUCUGCAAAGCAUAUUGAAGAGAAAAACGUCCAAGAGCGAGGAAGAUCAAGACCAGUCCUUUAGUUCUCCCCAGAGUAUAUUGAAGAGACGUUCUGGAGCUAGCAGCGCUGGAUCGACUGCAAAUUCCACCCCUCAUGUCUCCAUAACUACAGCUGUUAUCCUGGCAGCUGCAAGUGGAGCUGAAAUGGUGUUGGAGUCGGCUAGUACGUCUGUUAGACCAAUCCUCAAAAAGAAGAGUAUUUCAGACGAUCAAUCGCAAAGCGACAAUUCACAUUCGGACGCACCCAGGCCCAUUUUAAAGAAAAAAGCCAGUACUGAUACCGAUGACUGUGAUGAACGGCCCAGACCAAUUUUGAAACUAUCUCGCGGUUCUUUCGAGAGAGAGGCAGAUAAGUCUUUCGGACAAUCCGACGGCGAAAACGAGAUGAAACCGAUACUGAAGCAGAGUAGGGAGGAUCUGUCCAAAUCCAAGUUCUCGUUCAGUGAAGAAGCUAGAAGCGAAUCUCAGGAAGCGCUCAGAAGACAUCAGAGAAAUGCACGAAGGAGUAAUACAAUUUGUGCCGAUUAUACCUCAGCUGCUGUUAACGGUAAUGAAGACGAAAGAUCUAUCCUGAGAAAACAGAGACCUGCGUCUGCUUUCGAAUUGAAUAACGCUACUGAUCAACAGCUAUCACCACUGGCGUUUACUGGGGCUGUUCCGAAGAGGAGUUCAAUGUCUAGAAGUAGUGACAGGCUGAAACAGCUCCAUGUUUCUUCGGAGGAGAAAACAUCAGGUUCGUCAUAUGCAGCUUCAUCUUUCAACGAACAAUUGUGCCACCAAUAUUCCCAUAUAUCGAUUCAGAAGGAAGAAUUUACCAGUUUUCUAUUUACAACACAGAACUUGAAUUCCGAUAUAGACAAUUGCUCAAAAAUAUCGACAGAUUCAGCAUUCCAGUCCCUCAUCGACGGCCUAGAACUGGAGGAUAACGACAGCAAAUUGGUCAUGGAUUCUAACGGAGAAUCUAGUAGAAAUGGCAAUAAUGUACCCAAUAUCUCCAUCACGUCAGAGACACAAGAAGUGAGAAGGUAUCCCGUUAGCUUUUGUGAUAUUGAAGAAUCAAAAAUCAUGGACCAAAACAAUAAAACAGAUAGCACAAAAUUAGAAAAACCUAUUAGGAAGAAACAAAGUACAUUAUCUGUAGAAAAAACCAAAGGAAGCAGACAUUCUACACAACCUGUGACAAGUGAUGAGAUAAGGGAAGCAAGCAAACUGCAGCCAGAUGAUCCAUCGAAUUUAAGUUUGUCUGAGAGAAUCAAGCUAUUCAACCAAAAAAUCACUAAGGAGAACCAGAAAAAUCAUGCUUUAGAUGGAAAUGCUACCUUGACUGAUAAACCACCGAAAAUGGGAACAAAAUUGAGCAGAUCCUCCAGUGCACGUGUUCCUCACAAUUCAUCUCAGCCCAAAUCGAAUAUAAAACAAGCUUUAGAAGGUAUACUGUCGAAAAGCAGAAGUCAAGCUGCGUUCGGUAAUGAACAUAAAGUCACUGUUCGACGAAGUAAUACGACUGCUGCUGCUCGAAAGGUGACGCAGGACGGAGACAUGCCUCAGUCGAUUGCAGAGUUGCAGGCGACACUGCAGAGGAAAGGCGAAUCAGAAUGGCGGAAGCGCUAUGUGCAGACAAACACCGUCGAAGACGAACUAAAGUUACUCAAGGAGAAGAACAAGUACAAUUCGGAGAUAACGGAAAAGACAUCAAUUCUCUCGUCGAGGAAGGAUGAACUGGACGCCGCUUCGAGACAAUGGAAGUGCAGGGUGGAGAAGUCGGACGCCGACAAAUUUUCGGUGUCCGGCAAAAUGGAAAAGGCAAAAACUACCAUUCCUGUGAAUAUACCCGUUAGCGAGAUAACGAAGAAGGCGCCACAAGCCAGACGAUUUAGAGGAAAACAAAUUAACUCCUCUUCAAUGCCAACAUCUCCUGAAAAAAAUGGCCUACUUAAACUGAAACGAAGCCAGUCGAACCCUGAUCCAUGUUUGGAAACAAAAAUCGACAGAACAUCGAAAGCAAUCACGAAAAAUGUUCAAGUAUUUAGGCCAGAUGAUUUCACAUUUACAAACUUCUUCAAAAGUAUUGAUUCAAAGGUUAAUCCAGAAGAUCAUUACUCGUUAAAUUUGGACGAUUUUGAUUCAAUCCAGAGUCAUAGCCCCCUUGUACAGAGGAAAAAUAUCCAAGUUCAAAAAAGGAAAGGACCUUCCAAAAAUCCUAUAAAGGCGUUAGCUGAGAGAGAAGAUAUCAAGUAUGAAUACACAGAGAUCUUAACUGGGGUGGCAGAGAGAGAAUCAAAAAGACUGAACAUAGAAAAACUGGCAAAAAGUUCGUCCAAUUUCGCCAUCGAAGCUUUGGCAGGACUUGCGAGCAAAGAAGAUUUCAAAGCAGUGCCCCUCAAGAAAAAUUCAGGACCCUAUGGCCUACUACCGUACAAAAAUUUAAUGCUUAUUCAGGUCAAGGGUCGGAGGCACGUUCAACUAAGGCUUGUCGAACCAAUCAGUUCUAGUAUAAAUGAAGGAGAUUGUUUCAUCUUGAUCGGAAAUGGAAUAAUCUAUAAUUUCAUCGGUGCUUACUCCAAUAUUAUAGAGCAAGCUCGAGCUGCCGACAUAGCCAGCCAUAUCCAAAAAACCAAUGACUUAGGUUGCAAGUCUUCUAAGAUAGUUACGAUCGAUUCCAAGUUAGGACCGAAAGCGUCAGAUGAUGUACGCAAUUUUUGGAAUCAUCUGGGAGAUCCUGUAGCUAAGAGCAUCGCCGAUGCCGGUAAUCCAUCUGAGGAUGAAAUUUAUGAAGCUAACAUAAUACUUACAAACAUGAUCUACGGUUUGGAUAACGACGAGCUUGUACCUUUGGACGAAUAUUGGGGCAACUUACCAAAAUAUCAGAUGCUUAAUUCAACGGCUGUCUACGUUUUUGAUUUCGGUUCUGAAAUGUACGUCUGGAGUGGCAAGAAUGCCACAUCGAAGGACAAACAAACCAUCAUGAAAUUAGCAAAGGACUUGUGGGAUGAAGGUUACAACUAUACAGAAUGCAGCGUUUGCCCCUUGAAUGUCGCUUUGAUGCUUGGAGAUAGGACUCCUGAGAAAUUGAGUAAAUUCUCGAACACCAGGCCGGAUUGGGCGCUUUUCUCCAAGAUAACACAACACGGCGAAACGAUCUUGUUCAAGGAGAAAUUUCUGGAUUGGCCGGAUUUCUCUAGGGUUAUCAAGGUAAAACCAGAUAUGAAUGGCAAACAUGCAGACAAUACAAAUGUGAUAGAACCGUUGAGCAUGGAGGACAUGCUAAAGGGUUGCAGCUCUUCUCCAGAUAUUAUUAUCGAGGGAAACCACAUUGGCAGAGGCGAUACUUACUAUGAUGAAGAAAGAAAUAGGUUGUUUGAAUUCGAUACGUCCCAAAUUACAAUGUGGAGGGUGAUGGAGAAUACUUAUGAACUAAUACCUGACGAUUGCCUCGGUCAGUUUUAUGAUGGAGAUAGUUACAUAGUGAAAUGGAAAUUCAGUAUUACAGUGAAAGGACGAGAGUUGAGUGGAAAACCUUCGAAACAUCUUCAGGUUGGAAGAGAUGUUACUGUCUUCUUUUAUUGGCAGGGUUGUAUGUCUUCCAUAAACGAGAAGGGUGUUGCCGCACUGUUGACUAUCGAAUUGGAUAAUGAGAGUGCACCUCAAAUAAGGGUUACACAAGGAAAUGAACCUGCUGCAUUCCUUCGGCUAUUCAACGGCAAAAUGGUAAUCUACAAAGGGAAAAUGGCCUGUUCGCAGUCAAGAAAAUCCAGCAGACUUUUUAUAACCCGAGGUGAAAUAGAGAAAGAAGCUCACCUAAUUGAAGUUCCUUGUAACGCACAUCACCUAAGAAGUCGAACUUCCCUAGUGUUAGUUAAUUCUCAAUCAAAUAACAUUGUAAUUUGGCAUGGUUGCAAAUCGAGCCAGAGAACCAAAACAGUGGCCAAAAAGACAGCGGAAAACUUGAUCAAGGAAAAGCCCAAGGAACUGAAUCUAGGAUACGCGGCUGAUUUGAAAGAAAUUGAAGAGGGCGAAGAAGAUCAGGAAUUCAAAAAUAUUUUUGGAAACACUAAAAAUACAUAUGUAUCACUUGUAAAUAGUAAAGAAAGCUUCGAUUUUACGCCUAGGUUUUUCUCAUUCAGCAGUGUUUCUGGAACUUUUAGCGUUGUAGAAUUAUGCUGUCCUCAUAGAAGUGAACAUAUUACACCGUUUCCUGUCUUACAAGAUCAACUUUAUUCUGCUAGUCAACCUGCACUGUUUUUAAUCGAUAAUGAACAUGAAUUGUGGCUGUGGCAAGGCUGGUGGCCCAAAGUGGAAGAAGGAGGGAUUAACACUACUGAUCAGACAGGAUCUGGCAUUAUUCGAUGGCAGUGUGAAAGGAGAGCUGCUAUGGGAACUGCUGUGAAUUAUUGGAGAGCGAGACAUGGUGAAGAUGUUGAACUAAAGGCAUCGUUAGUAUGGGCAGGUUUGGAACCCGAGGCAUUUAAAAAUCUUUUUCCUGUUUGGGAAUCCAAGGAAGAGGUUGCUGAACUUAACGUAAUGGAUGGAAGAAAACCUUCUGAAAAAAAGAAUUUGGAACAUGAGCUAGCUCUCUUAUCAAGAACUGAAUUUCCCUUAGAAGAGCUUCUUCAAAGGCCACUGCCAGAGGGUGUUGAUCCAACCCAUCUAGAACACUAUCUAUCAUCAGAUGAUUUUGAAAUUGCUUUAUCAAUGUCCAAGGAAGAAUUUCAUAAUUUGCCAUUAUGGAAACAAACAUCACUCAAGAAAGAAAAAGGUCUGUUCUGAUCACACACAACCUUGCCUUGCAAUAAUUGAGGGUUAAUUAUUCAGUGUUCAGUACAUAAUUAUCUUACAAUAUACCAUAUCAUUAAUUCUCAUCAUGUCCUAAAUUCUUCGAACCUGAUUUACCUAUUUUGAUCUUCAUAAACCUGCCGUAAAAGACUCAUUGUCUUCUUAAUUUUAUUUUAUUUUAACUGUCUCUUAUAUGAAAUAAAAUUUUUUUAAACUGUCAUCCCUUAAUAUUUGUUCAAGAUUUUGAGUACUUACAUCAUUUUUUAGAUUUUAUGUAGUUAUUUAAUUAAUUAUAUUAUGUCUGUGAUUUGCCACAUAUUUAUAGCGAGUAUGUAUAAACAUUCAUCUUCAUUUUUUUAACAUGAAAUCGAAAGUCAUUAUAGGAAUCUAAGACUUCAACAUCUAUCUUUUCCAGAAAUGUGUUGAAAAUACUAACUAAGGAAAGAACAGUUCCCAUUCAGACAGUAAAAACUUGUAAUUAUCUAUUCAUCAUUUUACAUCAUUAUUUUUUUCAGUUAUUUGAAAAAUUAGAUAAUGAUUUUAGGAUAUUUGGAUUAUUACUAAAAGUGAUAAUGAGAGAUAAAAAAGAGAAAAAAAUUGUGAUAUUUGGGAUUUUUAAUGGUUCAUUUUGAUUAAUAUUUAUUAAAUUAUUGAUCUCUUCCCCUAGUUUUACUUUAAAGUCAAGCUUAUUCCACUCUUAAUUUAAUAAAUUCACUGAUUCAGAUUGAAAUGUCAAGACCUAUUUCUUCUAUAGUGGAAUAUUAUAGAAUGAAAAUAGUAAAACAAAAAUAUAUGUUAUCAAUAAUAUUUUUGUAUUUUCUUAAAACAAUAAUAUCACCAUAAUCUGAAUAUGAAUUUUAGUGAAAAAUUAUUUUUGCUUGAAAUUGAAUUUUAUCUGUUUACUCUGUUCACUGUUCCUUGUAACAUUUUCAUAGUUAACAUUUUUAACACAAUGUAUUGGAAGGAUUAUUUACCCUAUGAAUGAAAAGGUGCCUUAAAAUUCAAAUCAACUUUCAGAAGAUGCACUUGCCAACAUUUUCUAGUCCCUGUAAAUUUUUGUGGCACUGAUUAUAUUUUUUCAAUAAUUUUAUGCAACUUUUGUACAAUAAUUUGUUGAGUGACUUUAUGAUAAUAUAAUAUGUAAUCCUUUCUUUAUUUGUAAAAUAAUGAAGUUUACAUAUUAGCUUUUCUAUCACUAAUAAUCGAGAAAACAAUGUAUAUUGAUAGUUUUGUUUGUAAUAAAUUAAUGAUUAUUUUAAUAAUUUUAAUAAACUUAAUUCAAAUGUAUAUUGAA